GAGCCGUAAAGCGCGCUCCCUUCCGGUUAACGACAACCGCCGCUACCUUCCCAGCCGGCCUUCCUCCGGUGAGCGCCUGUGCGGGACCCUCGGAAUUGCCGUGUUUUCCCAGGUCGGGGCUGUUCGUGUCGCCGCCCCCUGCGCCUAGGAUCAUGUUCAAGAAAUUUGACGAGAAAGAAAAUGUGUCGAACUGCAUCCAGUUGAAAACCUCCGUUAUUAAGGGCAUUAAGAACCAGUUGAUAGAGCAAUUUCCAGGUAUUGAACCAUGGCUUAAUCAGAUCUUGCCUAAGAAAGAUCCGGUCAAAAUAGUGCGAUGCCACGAACACAUAGAGAUCCUUACGGUAAACGGAGAGUUACUGUUCUUUAGACAAAGAGAAGGCCCUUUUUAUCCGACCCUGAGGCUACUGCACAAAUACCCUUUCAUCCUGCCGCACCAGCAGGUCGAUAAAGGAGCCAUCAAGUUUGUACUCAGUGGAGCCAAUAUCAUGUGUCCAGGCUUAACCUCUCCGGGAGCUAAGCUCUACCCGGCCGCGGUAGAUACGGUUGUGGCAAUCAUGGCCGAGGGGAAGCAGCAUGCGCUGUGUGUCGGGGUCAUGAAGAUGUCCGCAGAGGAUAUUGAGAAAGUCAACAAAGGCAUCGGCAUCGAGAACAUCCAUUACCUAAACGACGGGCUGUGGCACAUGAAGACCUACAAAUGAGCUGAUCGGAAGGAGCGCGCUCGGACUGGCUACGGACGUUGUGCUGUGUCUGUGUCUGUGUGUGACGGCACGACGAUGGUGCCUCUGUGGUUCUAAGUUCAACAGAUGGUUAUGCUACGAGAAACAGAAACUAAACGGAAGUAAAGAUUUGGAACGAGUA